UCACCCCCAGGGCUCAGGCCUCUCUUGCUUGGGCAUGAGACACCCCCUCCCCCGUUAAUCCCCCUGCCCCGCUAUCUCGCUGGCACAGGCAGCCCAUCAAUCACCGAGCUGAACAAAUCAACCUGACACCAGCCAAUUUAGGGAUCAGUGUCAGGUCGCCCGGCUAGUGAGUGGCGAUUGCCAGCCGGUCCCCCCGUCACGCGCAGGCCUGCCGCACCUUCCGCUGCCGAUAUAAAGCCCCUGGGGGCGCCGGGGGUGGCACAGACGGGCCAUGGCCACCAUCGUACUCGCCCUGUUCCUGGCGGGCUGCCCGCUCCUGCGCUGGACGGCUGCCUCCGCCGUGCAGAAUCUGAGCAGCGUGAUGGACGCCAGCGGUCACUGCGUCUGCACCGUCAUCCUGCCCGACGACACCUUCCCCCUGCGGCGGAUCGAGCUGCUGGAGACGUCCGCCCGCAACCUGACCCUGCGUGUGCAGCGGGAGAUGGAGAAGCUCCAGGAAUACGGGCAGCGCCUGGCGUGGUACGAGGCCAAGCUGCAGAACGCCAGCCGCCGGCUGCAGCUGCUGGAGACGGGCGACCUGACCCCCACCGAGCUGGACUUCCAGGAGCUGCGGAAGGAGAUCGGCGAGAUGGAGUCCUUCGUGGGCCACCUCCGCUCCUCCCUCAACGGGAGCGACACCACGGUGGAGGUGGUGCACCGGGAGCUCCAGAACAUGUCGGUCACCGUGAGCGCCCUGGAGUCCUACGACAAGCACCACGUGGUGGCCAUGAGGCAGGAGCUGACCGCGCUCAGGCAGCGCUUGGCGGAGUGUCAGAAGGACAAGCCCCUGCUGGGACGGCAGCCGCCGAUGGGCACGUGCGACCACCAGGGGAUCUGGCGCAUCGGCAAGCCCACGGUGGUGCAGCUGAACUGGCGGGGCGCGAGCUACAAGGCCGGGGCCUGGGGCAAGGAGUCGGCCCUGCGCGCCGGGCGGAAGGAGCGCUACUGGGUGGCCCCCCUGAACCUGGACGGCCGGCGGCUGGACUCGGUGCGUCUCUACGGCUCCUACCAGGACCUGCUGCUGGCCCGGAACCCCACGGACCAGCUGAUCACGGGCUUCGGGCAGGGGGCCGGGCCGGCGCUCUACAACGGCUCCUUCUACUACAACUGCUACAACGCGCGGGACCUCUGCCGCCUGGACCUGGAGAGCGGGGCCGUCGACCGCAAGGCGGUGCCCAACGCCACCUUCAACAACCGCUUCUCCUACGCGGGCACCAGCUGGCAGGGCCUCGACCUGGCCGCCGACGAGCGCGGGCUCUGGGUGCUCUACGCCACCGAGCACAGCGAGGGCGACAUCGUCAUCGGCCGCCUCGGCCCCGGCUCGCUGGCCCUGGAGAAGACCUGGCAGACCUCCCAGUACAAGCCGGCGGCCACCAACGCCUUCAUGGUGUGCGGGGUGCUGUACGCCACCCGGGCGGUCAGCACCCGCCGCGAGGAGAUCUUCUACGCCUACGACACCCGCACCGGCCGGGAGAGCCGCCUCAGCCUGCCGCUGGACAAGGUGACGGACGUCGUGCGGUCGCUGAGCUACAACCCCACUGACCACAAGCUCUACAUGUUCAGCGAUGGCUACCUGCUUCGCUACGACGUCCUCUUCCGGCCCUAGUGCCCGGCCGCACGGCCAGCUCCCGGCGCGGGCCGGCCUCCCGCCUCCUCCGGCCCAGCCUUCUCCGUUCCUCCAUCCCCCUCCGCCUCCUCCGGCCCAGCCUUCUCCGUUCCUCCA